UCCAGGGAUUUCCUUCCCGUCCCCUGGAAGCUUUUCUUUCUUCCUUUCUUUUUCCAUCCGGUAAGUUUGGCUUAUCAUCUCCCUCUCCGACCCUUCUUGUCCCUUCCCUUCCCUUCCCUCCCCUCUCCCCUUCGCUCGCUUGCUGGUCAAUCGUUGUCGAUUCUUCUCAAACCCCCUUUCAUCCAAACAUGUCAUAAUGGAAUCGAUAUUGCCAACGGGAGGCUGUAACUACCAUGACCUCUCCCAGCCCAUCGCAAAUAAUUGCGGAUGCCAGCGUUUCUGGCUACGCAAGAGGGCACGUAAGGGUGGUAGAAAGAACCGAGAGCCACCACGCGUCAAUCGGAUUAGCGAGGAGCGGCAGCUAUUGAUUGGGGAUGGAACGGCGGGGUUGACUUCUGCAAUCUUUCGGCAAGAGUGCCAGGAGGUGGAAGAGGAGGAGGACGAAGGAGAGGAUGCAGGGGAUUGUCACUGCGGUCAUCACGCUUGCUUUCAUUCAGUCGAUAACCCGCUUCGAACUGUGCUCGCACAGAACACCUCGAGACGCUAUUCGCUGCAGAUUUCGGACACGGAGACGCCUGCACGCCUGGAUCGCUCGGGGGUGAAUGUGGCAGCUAGUGGGAUUUCGGUGGCCAGUGGGACGACGACAGAGUGUGAUCCGUGUUCCUCCGAACAGAGUCCUUCCGUGCUCACUGUUAGACGGAUAAAACCACCUUAUCAACCUUCGCAGCUCGGCAGCGAGCAUGGGUCAAAACCAGACAGCCAGAAUACCAAUUAUCUAAUUGCGGAUGUGAUCCCCAUGGUUCUAGACUUGAGAACCCAGUUGGAGGCCACUGCUGCAUCUGUCAAAAAUAUCCAGUCGAUGGCUGCCUCUGCGACCGCCUCCACUGCCACCGCCAUUCCGCCGUCUGGGAUCGCAGAUAUGAAACAGGCACUCGCUGACCUUAGAAGGGAUGUUGUGGCAAAUUUCGCGGCCCUUCGUGCUAAUGGAGAGCAGUUCAAAUUGCACAGUGAGAGGCUCGAAACCGUGGAAACGUUCGGCUCGGUGUUGGAAGAGAUGAAAGAGAAGAUUGAGUUGAUCGAGGAUCGGAGCAUUGAGUCUGAGAACAAGGUGCUAAGUUUCGAGGAUCGCCUCGGCGAUCGCCUAGCCCCUAUGGAGGCGUUCCUCGAGUCUCGCAGUGAGAAAAGGAAGCACUCACGCCAGGGUGACGGAAGCAUUCGACGGAAACGGCGGAGGCAGGAGCGGGAAGGCCUGGGUGACAGCAGUAGUCAACAGGGAGUCAAUAUGACAACUACUGCAAGUUUCACAGCUACCAUGAGUACAUCGACUAGCUUUUCGGGAACCUCUUCGUCAAAUACUGGGGAGAACAAAGAAGCAACGACUGCUCGCGUGCUUGGUGUGCUGGAAGGCUACGAAUCUAGGUUUUUGGAGCUGGAGGAUGUUGCCCCACCCACGAUGUCCCGCCCAUGGGUGAUCGAAGUAGUCUUACUCCCACCAGCGCCAUUGAAAGGCAUAUGGGUUGAUCCGUGCGCCCAAUCAGAAACUGGAACUCAAUAUGAAAGUAGUAAUCCCCAAUCCACCAACACCACUUCCGGCCUCACAUACUCUUGCCGGGCGUUGGGAGAACCUGAAACCCCCGGCAUGGUCCCGAAAAGCUUUGGUAUACGCUCUAGGGUUUAUCGUCGCUUGUAUAGUCGCGGGUUCGUUAGAGCGCUGGGAAUCACCGCCGGAACCGCCAGAGACGUUGCCCUCCAGAUAGAAGCCAACUUUUCCGAACUCCUUGACUGGUGUCGCUCUUUCGAGGUCGACUCCCAAGCCUCCUCCUUCUCCCCGCAGGCUUCCACGACCACCACCCCCACAAAACCCAUAAUGAGCACCAGCACCUGGCAGCCUCUACGCAAAGUCCACAAACAAACCGCUCUCGAAUACCUCCGGCCGGGAGAAAUGAUGGAUGGAAUCUGGACGGUUGAAUUCCUCCGCGGAACCUGCCUGAUGAAAGGCCGGCGGAAAGUCUUGUACAUCACGCCCCUUCCCUCAAGCGGUUCGUCCACGAUAACUUGGUCCGACAUUAAAUCACUACCAAAGUUCACCGAAACCCCCAUCGAGAACGAACCUUCCCAUGAUAUCCCAAAACCUGAGGGGUCAGACGACGAGUGCUGGAGUUAUAAACCCUUCUUGGACGAGCCCGUCAUAUCUUUCACCACCGCUAUCAACAGCCCUGGUUCAUCAUUCGGCCCCUUUCAAUUAGAAGAGGAAGCCCCAGACCCUGCCGGCAUCCCCAGCCCACAACUUUCUGUGCCCUUCCCUUCCCGUAGAAGGAGCCGAAAGGGCUCAAUGGCGUCAAGUAGCACCAGUGGAAGACGCAAGGUCGGGCGUAAGUUCUCUCGAGGCGCGAGCCCUGCUAACACAGGUAGCGUCACCCCUGUCAGCUGUAUCGCGGGCACGGGUAGGAGUAGCUCUUAUCCGCCCGAUGGUUGCGCUGGUGUCGGCUGCUUGAUACGCCGGGCGAGUAGCGGCAGCAGGGGAGGAGGCGCCAGAGAGGACGAAUGGGGAUUGAGUCCUGCCACGCUGGGCUGGUUUACCCAGCAUCCACUGGAAGAAAGUUGCGGUAGUUCUAAUCGGGAUAGUCAGCAUACGACACUUGGCGGUGACGAGGGGGCGGAGGGCACUGAGGAGGGAGAUGCGGAUGCGGAUGGCGAUGGCGGUGGUGAUGGUGAUGAAGAUGGUGAUGUAGACGGUGGGUACGAAAGUGCUGAUAGGGAGAGUAAUGACUCUUGAUUUCUUGACGUUCUUUAUAUAAGAGUUUUCUUUGUAUCUAUCCAUUCGUCAUAUUCUAGUCAUGACCGUUUUUUUUUUUU